CCACAGUGACACUCAAAAAAUUUAUUGAUCCCUUGUAUUUAGUAAGUACUUCGACGGAGUACCUACUAAUUCCUUGAUUGAUCCCUCAUUCGCGCCGUUAAUUACGUCUGGCCUCUAAUAUCUGUUGUAGGAGUUAAGUAAAGAAGGUCAGUUUGCACCUUUUUGCAACCAGCGAUCAAAAAGGAAUAACGUGUACCUGUAAUAAGAAAUAAAAUGUCAUUAACUAUUUUGAAAGAAUUGACGUUUACUAUGCUAUAUUAAAUCGUGAUUUAUAUAUUUAUUUUGAAUUUCCCUGUACCAUCUCGAUGGAAAUUCCAAAUUGAAUCGAAAUUAUGCGUUUAUAAAACCCAGUUGGCUAUCAUGCAUACUGUAUACAUGAGUUGGGAUGACAGAAAUAUAUCUGGCUUCUCCUAAGAUAUUCGUGGAUUUAUUUUAUGGGAGACAGAGGAGAGUGGAAUGAGGAGAAAAGAUCUUAAGGUAGCCACUGAAAUCUACCACUGGAAUCUAUCUACAACAGCUGGAGGUUUCUACUAGCCACUGGAAUCUAUCUACAACAGCUGGAGGUUUCUAAGAAUGACAAUAUCUUAAGAUAUCCAUGAGAGUCAUUCAAUAGCGGAAGAAGAGAGACAGAAACACUUGCUUUCCGAUCCACUAUAAUCAUCCUAAAAGCAGGGCAAAGAUAAUUCAAAACAGAGCGACUUCUCUAGAAACUGAACAUCUUUUCUCUUCAGAAAUACAAGACAGCUCAAAGAAAAGAGAGAAACAGAACAACUAGAAGACAACAAUUCAAUUUUUUUUUUCAGAUGAACUCAAAAUCUAAUCCUUGUGAAAAAGUUUCGAACAAUUAAUUCAGCUAUACCUGCACAUCAUCAGCACUCGUCGAAAGAAAAAAAAGAUAACAAUAUGAAUAGUUCCUUUUAGAAUUUCACGACAAACAUUACAGAAGGUGAAAUUGGUAAUUCUGCUCAAAACAUCAGCACUAAAAGAAAAAAGAGACUUAAUUACCCACUCACCUCAUCAUCAUCUGCUGCCUUCCGUAACCCACUGCAGGGUAUAGACCUCCUUCCGUCUACGCCAACCAUCUCUGUCCUGGACCAUCCUUAUCCAGGUGUUUUUAACCAACACAUCUAGAUGUGUUGGUUAAAAUAAUGUAUAGAAUAAUGUAUUGGCAAGUGAUAUGGGUGCUCUUGGUGUUAAUGCCUGUGGAAACGUUCUGUGAAUACCAGGAGCUGGGAUAUGAUGAUGUAGAACCCGAUGAGAGUUAUUAUGAUGAAGAAAUGAUCACUUUGGCGUCCCCUUCGACCCUUCAGAGUCACACCAGAAGACGGAGGCAAGACGACUUUGGCAUCAAUGAUACAACCAUCAAUGAUUAUGACAUAACAGAGCCUGUGACGGACCCGAAGCCAACAACAGAAUCAUCAACGAAUCCCAUAUUCUUUCAGUACCUUACUCCUUGGAACUUAAAGCCUAUAAGAACCCUACAGCCUGUACCGUUGACUGUACCGCUACGAAUUACACAACUCCCAAUAUCAAUCGAACCCAUGAAGCUAAAAUCAAAGGUACCCGUCAUCCCACAAAGGACAUCACCACGUAUAUUGUCUGUAACAAGAACUUUUAAAUAUGAACCGCUUACAGCUCAUGACACAUAUAUGAUGAGUCCAAAUGUAGAUUAUUUUAAUAAAUAUGAAGAUGCAGUACCGUUCGCCACAAUAAAACCACCAAUAACCUUAAUGGAUGUAGAAACUACGGCUAUAUUUACUUAUUUAUCUACAACUGAAGAUUCAUUAAGAAAUGUAACUGUUACCCUUAAUAAAUAUGAUAAAUACGAUGACAUACAAGUGACAAGAAAUGAAAAUGUUAAAUUCCUUGAAACAAAUACAAACAACAAGUUACGAGACAGCUAUAUUGAUAACCAAAUCAAAACGGAAAGUAUACAUGCAAAUGUUAAUACAACAACCUCAAUUCAUGAAGUGUCUACAACUGAUAACGAAAACGUAGGUCGUCAGGAAACGACACCAGAAGAUGUCAAUGUGAUUGCUCGUCAAGGAAUGCCAGGAAUGCCCGGAAUGCCGGGGGUGCCUGGUGUGCCUGGUGUGCCUAGUGUGCCUGGUGUGCCUGGUGUGCCUGGUGUACCUGGUGUGCCGGGGGCACCGGGGAUGCCCGGGAUACCAGGGGCACCGGGGGUACCGGGGGUGCCGGGGGCGCCAGGAAUGCCGGGGAUUCCGAUGAUACCGAGCAUGAAACCAAUAAUCGACAUGUCGAAAAUGAUGCAGAUUCUAACCAAUCUGACAGCAAACACCACGUUGAACUUAACACAGAUGUUCAAUCAAAGUCUGCAGAAUUACAACGUGCCUACGUGCGCCCCAACAGGGUCUACAACCGAAACUGAAGAUAUGUUCGCAUUUGCUGUCGUAAUAUCUAAGUGCUUUGUCUGCGGUUUGAAAACCCCACAAAUCCCGUUCGACUCUCACUGCGCGGACGCGUUCUCCGGAGACUUCAUUCCUUUAGUGCCGGUGGACUCGAAGGCCAGGUCCUCCAUCUCCAGGUACAGGAAGUACUGUCGCUAUAUGGACGUUCCAGGAGUAGUGGAGCACCCGAUGGAGCCGAGGUCCCAGUUCGGGCGGUUCACGGGCGGCUGCUCCGUCCGCUGGGUGGACCUCACCGGCGUCUACACGCAGCGGACCUGCCGGAACGCCAGGCGCCCCGUCACCGGCAAGCACUUCGCGAGCAAGAGGAUGGCCAAGCUGGAAAUGGCUUUGACGGAUUUGGACGACGGCUGCAUCAUCAGUCCAAUGGCGACGCUGCUCCCACUAUCCCGCGGUAUCUCCCUCUACGCGCGCUUCCAUGCCUGCGUGUGUACCGGCGAGUGGUGCAACAGGGCUGUGCGGAAAGAGCACUGUCUAACGAACCAUAGAAUUGUAUCGAUUCUCACAGUUUUAUUAAUAAUUAGCUAGCUGCGGAAGUUGUUUAAAAAUGUACUUUAAUUUUCAUAAAUGGUUGUCGCGAAUUGUUCAUAUCACACUUAAGUAGUAUGACGUUGUGUAGCUGCAAUACUGGCCAGCAUGGAUAAAAACUUUGUAUGCAAGGUACAUAAUUAUUGCUAUCUAUCUCUUUCAUCUGUGGCUGGACCUCUCUGUAGUAUAUAUUGUGAUGUAUACUAUAUAUACAAAGGUAUACCUACGGCUAUACUAUAUAUAAAGAUAUAUGCCUUGAAAAAUACAUGACAAAAGGUGCGCAUUCUUUUUGACAUGUAUUUUUUUUUAAAACGUAUUCAUUUAUUUCGUCUUAAUUGUAUUUUUUGAGUCGGCUUCAACUUCAAAUCAUUACUCAGAAAUAAAACAUUCACAGGCACUUUUUCACAUAAAUUUUUGAAUAAUUUAAUACCAUGGGAUUAGUAGGUACACCGUACAACGUACCUACUAACUCCAUGUUCAAUACUACUAUCCCAAUUCGUCAAACUUUAGCAGAAAGGCAUAUACAUUGUUGGUUUUUCAUUGCGUCUAAUACAUUAGUUUGUAGCCUUCAUCAUAAUACCGAUUAACCGUAUCUCUGCUGUGAUGUGAACAAUUCGUAGCUUUAGUCAACUUUAUUGUAUUGGGACAUACACAAAAAAUAUUAUAAAAGUUAUAGUAUUCUAUAAUUGUAAUUGUCUUGUGAUUGUGAUCGUGUAUUGUGGUAUUUUAAGUGCAAAAUGUAUCAUGAGACGUCAAUUAAGUUUAAUAAAAUAUUACAUACAA